AUGGCUUCAACGCGAGAGGAGCGGCGACAAAUGCGACAGCGCGGAGCUGGCACGCGCGAAAUUAAGGCGGUUGACUUCGGGUUUUCCUUUGGAGGACCAACACUGGGCGCAGGCCCUAUUGUGCCCGAACCAGCUGCGCCGACGACGUCAACACCGCCGAAGUUGCAGGUUUCACAACAAUCCGAGUCGCAAAGCAAAGUGAAGGACCGGCGCACGCCAGGAAGCGCGCGCAAUUCCCUCCCACAGCGCCCCUCUACAUACGACAUCCCAUCGGACGACGUGCCAGCGGAGCCGCGAAGCAACAAAAGGAGAAGAAUCAAUCCCCCUGACACCAUAUCCGACACACCUUCUCGUUCAAGUAACCCACAGCCUCACCAUGGCGACUCCAGGUCCAAUGAACUUGGCGAGAAAGCCGGUACUGAGGCACCAUCAAACCAAGCUCCUGAAGCUCCAGUGACAGAAACGCCUCGACUAAUGGCGCUUGAUAACGUACCUGAGUCUCAGCAAUUAUCUCUCCCAGAGUCCUCGACCAAUGAUCAACAGACGGUUACGACGCAAAAAACUACAGGCGGAAAUAUUAUAUCUAAAGAGCAACCCACCAGCAGAGAGGGCACACCAUCUGAUCGCAUCCGGUCGCCCAGAGCUCUGCUCAGUGAAAGCCAACCUGCUGCCGCUGAAACACAAGCAAGGCCAUCGAGUAGGGGCCAACGAACCAGUCGAUCCCCCCUCCAACCCAGCAACCCAGUGCAGGAGGAGCAAAACCAUCAGGCGGAUGGACUCGCGCAAAACUCUGCAUUUACAGCUCAGGCAACAGGUGUAGAUAUAGGGGGGAUUAAGCCCACCAAAGUCGUCACCGAGGCUUCUUCAAGGACAAAGCGCCCUCGCGGCAGACCAUCCCUUACGAAGAAGACGACAGAAGUUGAAAACAUACCACCAAAUGAGCCUACGGAGACCUCUACCGAAGCACCUUCCAAAACCAAGCGUCCUCGCGGAAGACCAUCUCUUGCGAAGGAAAAUGCUGAGACAAGAGAAGUUGGAGAUCAGCCCAAUACUCCUGUUAAGCCCGCACAGACUACAGGCGAAUCAUCAGGGAAAGGUGUACGCCGGGGACGUAAGGAAAAGGCAGAGAGAAAAUCCGAAGCCGAGAUGGAAGAAUCCGAAGCGCAAGAACCGGAGGCAGAAGCUUCAUCCAAGGCUCGUCGUGGCCGACCUGCGAAGAAGCCUAAGCGUGCAACCGAAGCCGAAGCUGAUGUUGAGGCUGAAAUAAAUGUGGAAGACAUUGAAGAGCAAGAGCACGAGGAAGUGGAACCUGCACCUCCAAAGCGUGGUCGACCUGGGAAGAAGGCCAAGCGUGCAACGCAGGCCGAGACCGAGGCAGAGGCAGCAGAAGUUGCAGGGCGAGAGCAGGAACACGAAGCUCCACCACCAAUGCCUCAUCGUAGCCGACCCGGUAGGAAAGCUGAACGUACGGUAGAGGCCGAGCCUUCACCCGCAGAAGAGCUAGAAGCAGACGCUUCGCGAGAGACACGCCAGAAAAAGAAAGCGCGAGAGCCCCGUGGAGAAACAGUGCCGGUUACUGUUCACCGCCUUACCAAUGCCUCUGCGCUGGGUUCGAUGUACACUGAUGCAUCUGGUGAUGAGGACGAGGAAUCGGCAGACGAACUCUCGUCUCGUCGAAAGACGAAGCUGCCUAACCGUGGGGGUGUCAACCCAGCCGAUGUUCUGAGCCAGAUUUGCCGUGAGACGCUGGAGAAGACGCUCACGACACUUCGAAACGGCAUCGCAAAUGAGACCAAUCCCACUAGGCGUGCGGAAUGGACUCGCAAACGAAAAGCAGUCGAGAGCUUUGGAUCUGAGCUGGAUGGCCGACUUCUUGAUCUGAGCGAGAUGCUCGAUAGUAAUUUUGUGUUGGGCGUGCAGCUGAAGAAUUCAAAGCGAGAUAUGAUGGAUCUGCGAAGUCAACUGUACCGGAUACGACGGGAACGCGAGAGUAUAGCACUGCAGAUGGAUGCGGUGCGCGCGAAGCACAUGGAAGAGGAGAAUGCAAAGACUGGUCGCGCCAUCAUCAACAAUUCCCUUCACAGCCUCGAGCUUGCGCUGGACCGCAGGCACAACCAGCCUGCUACAGAACCCUCCUCUGCCGAUCUGGAAUUUAUGCUUCGCACUGUCGCCCGCGACGUGAGUAGCCGGGCUCCUGGAGCCCAAGGCGGACUAUUACAACAGAUCCGUGCCUUCAAUGCACAGCUAGAAAGUACAGCACUACGCCUGGAAAGCAAAUAA